CAAUUGCAUACGACAACUAUGGGAAAAGUUCACGGAAGUCUCGCUCGCGCGGGAAAAGUCAAGUCCCAAACGCCCAAGGUUGAACCCCAGGAGAAAUCCAAGACUCCUAAGGGACGCGCCCACAAGAGGGAUAUCUACACGCGCCGCUUCGUGAAUGUCACUGUGACAGGCGGGAAGCGCAAGAUGAACCCCAACCCAUCGUCCUAGAUCCUAGACACCUCCAACCGAUUCCCUCUUGUCUCCCGAGGCAAACCGAACAUCAAUAUAGAGCCCUAUAUAUAUUCGCAAGGGAGCCUAGAGCAUGGUCAGAGAAGGCAAGAGUGUUCUUCAAUGGAACCUCAUAGGAAUGGAGAGUAGCUUCAAGAGCAUAUAUCCAACUAAGGCUGCGACCCCGUGUCUCAACAACAUCCACACUCGUACAUGACUGUUUAGUUGUUUCGUGUUGCUGCAUCGUGUAUAUCGCAGUUCGCCUGCAUUAGCCUACAUAGCAUCGUCCACUAAUGUAUUCCGUAACCAUGAUUAAGACCAAUCAGGAUACAAGUCCAUUGCCUU